UCCUCUCUAGCAUGGCGGCGACCUUGUGUAGAAAUUUACUACCGAAACAGGGAUGGCUUCCUCUCACCCAGAGUGUCAGACAUGGAUCCAAAGCUGUGACUCGCCACAGGAAGCCCGUAAACUUCCUGAAGCAGAAGCUGAUAGCUGUCACUCAGCACAUCCCUCCUACACGGGUCAUUCCUCCAGGGGCCUUCCCAUCAGAGGCCAGCAGGACCCCCACUAAGGAGAGUGAUCUGGUGCUACUCUUGAAGAAGGAUUUGAAGAAGGUGUUCCAGGACUUCAGGAUGCUCGCUGUGGUUCAGAACAACGCCAGUAACGCCGAGGACAUGAUCCUCCUGAAGAACCGACUCCACAAACACAACAUCCACGUCAAGUUCUUCCCCAACCAGGUGGUUCGGUCGUUCCUGCAGGACUGUGUCUACUCCAACAUGAGUCCUCUGUUCUUCGGUCCGACGGUCCUCAUCGUCUGUAAGGAGCCGAAAGCAAAGGAGAUGCUGAAGACUCUGAGAUCCAGCCCACAGAUGACACUGAUGGGCGCCUGCAUAGACAACACGCUGCUGAGCCCUCAGGGUGUGCUGCGUUACUCCAAGCUGCCGUCGGUGUCGGUGAUCCAGGGCGAGCUGGUGAGCGGUCUGACCAUGCUGACCUCACACACGGCCUCCAUGCUGCAGCAGCACCCGGCUCACCUCACGGCUCUGCUGCAGCAGUACGUCAAACAGCAGAGCCCCGACGGAGCCGCUGGGGAUGCUCCGAAAGCAGAGGAGGCAACGUAGAGCCUCGGGAAAGGACUUACUGGGACUGUUAACUGGGGAGAGACUGUGAUGAUGGGGAACUGCGGAGCAAGAACAUUCAUAUCGAAGGAUUGGAGGUAGAUGGUCGUCUGCUCAGUCUGAAACAUCUGAGUGGAGCUUUGACUGGA